AAUUUUUCCCUAUCUUUUUAAGGUAAACAGAUUUAAAUUAGACUCCGUAAACACAGAAAGGCCUGCUAGAGAGUGAAUACUGGCACUUAGGAAUUACGAAAGGAGGUUUCUUAGAUUAUGACAAUCGACAAUUUUUUGACAGGGAUCUCAUCCUUUCAAGCUGUAAAAAUAUCUUCAAGGACAAUUCCAGACUUCAUGGAGGAAGACGCAGCACCAUGUCAGUCAGAGAUUGAAACAGAUGCCAGACCAGGCACUUCAGAUUCAGCAAAGAAAUCUCAAAGUAGAGAUCAACCACAAAUGAUCCACUUUGAACACAGAGGAGGGGGUAGAACCACAUUACACUUGGGUACAAAUCCCAGUGACAAACUUCCAAAUAUACAAAUAGGAGAUCAGAAUUUUAUGGUAGUAGGAGAUCACGGUGCGUCAAGUUCAAAGUGGAAGAAAAAAGCCAAGAAAAAGGACAGGAAGAAGAUUGAAGUGCCUGACAGAGCAUUAACAGAAGAAGAAUGUGAUAAACUGUCUGAGAAUUUAGGAAAGGAUUAUAAAAAAUUCUGUCGAAGGCUAGGUUUCAAAGAGGUUCACAUUGAACAAGUAGAAAUGGACUUCAGAGAUGAAGGGCAUUAUGAAAUUACUUACCAACUUCUCAGGAAACUCAAACACAUGAGAAAAGACAAUCUUCAAGGCGUUGUGGAGGCCUUACAGAGUGUAGACAGAGAUGAUAUUUUGGAGGAGUUGAAUAUUACAUAGAAUUUUCUAAAAAGUUUAUAAAUUAUUUUGUAAAUAUAUAGCAAUUAAAAUUAUUUUAUAUUGUACAUAAAUUCCUUGAAAAAAAUCUGUGAUGCUAAUACAUACUUUUAAUAAAAUUACAAUGCAUUUUGUUAAA